AUGGAAAUGUCAGAUAAUGGGCUCUUAUCAACUGGCCCCAAAGUUUAUAUUCACAAGCCGCUCCUGCUCUCCGCGUCCAUCAGGAUUCUCGAGCUACUUCCGUCACGCGACAGAGACUCCCCUAUUCACUGCAAAAUCCGCGAGUUUGCUCUCACAGAAAACCGACACUCCUACGAUGCGCUUUCGUACGUAUGGGGGCCACCGACUGAUGUUCGGCCCGUUGUCCUAGACGAUGCCAUCCUCCAUGUCACCGUCAACUGUUGGUCGGCAUUGCGGCAUUUGCGCCACAAGUAUUACAAGCGAAUGCUAUGGGUUGACGCCAUAUGUAUUGACCAGAGAAACACGUCGGAUGCGAUACAAGAGAGAAGUAAACAGAUCAAACUGAUGGGUAAAGUGUACCAGUGGGCCAAGAGGGUCAUUAUUUGGCUUGGCCCGGGAAACGAUGCAACAUGGGCGACAUUGGCCACAGCUCAGGCUCUUUCAUUCUUAAGCGGAAAGCGGUCUUCCGAGGCAACGGCCAAUGUGGAGACAGGCACCUUGUCCAACAAGUAUUAUGCCGAGCUCAUCGAUAUGAUGCAGAAUCCCUGGUUCGUCAGAGUUUGGACGAUCCAAGAAAUGGCUCUAGCCCGGAGGCGUGUAGUCAGACGAGGAGACUCGGAGUGGUCGUGGCUGAGCUUCCAGAUGAUGCAACACGGUAUAAUGACAUCUAUAGGGUUGCAAAAUUGGGAAGUUCUCGAAAGAUCCGAAUUGACUCAGCUCAUGUUCACCAUUCUGCCAUCUCGGUGGCUCACUUUCCGUAUGAAAUGGUACCACAAGGUUUUUGAUCGAAGCGGUCCUUCUCGCAUAGGCCGAGAGCUGAACAAAGGUCUUGAAUUGAAAGUUCUGUCGUCCCUAAUGGUACACAAGGCAACAGAAGCAAUCGAUAAAGUAUAUUCUGUCUAUCGUAUACUAGAGCUCAUGUACAUCAAAAUUCCCGAGCCCGACUACAACAAAUCCGCCUUGGAAGCCUACAAGGAAACCACGAGGUGUUGGAUACGCAGUCGACAAGAUUUGGCCAUCCUCUUGAUUGCAGCGAGACCGACGAGCCAUGGAGAGGGGCCUUCAUGGGUUCCUGAUUGGGGUCAAGACGUACCACCGAAUAGGGCUCGAUGGCUCGAUUCCAUGGCCACCAAACCUCUGCUGGACAACCUAGCAUCAAAGCGUCAUUACCAAGCAUCAAAGCAGAGCAGAGCAUACCUUCAAAAAGGCAACUCGAUAGAGAUACCCGGCCAGCUACCCGUCUCGGGCAAGCUCUUGGGCAAGGUAUCAAUAGGGGUGACAACCAAGAAUUUCUCACGGGAUUUGUCCCCUGCGCUAUUUGAUGCGGCAAGCCUCAGUGAACUCUCGAAGGAUUGGGUGGAGGCCUUUUGUAUUUGGUCCGUCAUGGUUUCUCAGUUGACUUCGUACCCAAAUGGCGAAACCCCCAUUGAGGCUUUUUACGAGUGCAUCAUAGGUUAA